AUGCCCGUACUCAGCGUGAAUAUGAUGAGAGCCAUAUUAUUACAGCACGCCGGAUUGAACAGAGUCCUACGGGGGAGUAUCUUGUACCGGAUUCUGAGGAGUUGGGGUGUGUCAGAUACUGUGUGGUGUAUGACUGCGAGACCAGCUCUUUGGACUGUGACUAUGAGGAAGAGGAGAAAGAAAAAGGGAGCACUGCUUCUUCAGAGAUUGAAAACACUGACUCAAAUUCCAUAUGUUCACAGAAUGCUGAGGAAGGAACUGCCAUCCAAUAUGCCAGAAGCUUCGAGCAGUUCACCCGCCAUCCCGUGCUCAUCCUGAGGGGAGGAUACAAGCGUUUUUCAGCUUGCUAUCAUUUUCUGAGGACUCAGAAGAUAUUGUGGAUGCCUCAGGAACUAGACAACUUCCAGCCAUACCCAGUAGAAAUACUGCCUGCAAAGUUAUAUAUGGGCAAUUUCAAGCAGGCCUGUGACCAACAAAUUCAGAAAGAUCUGAAGAUCAAAGCACAAGUUAACAUCUCUGAACAGCCUGCCACACUGUUUGCAGAAGGCAGCAAAUAUCUCCAUAUAUCUGUUCCAGAUUCACUCAAAGCAGAUCUUUUUUCUACCUUUGCCACCAUUUGUCAUUUCAUAGAUACUCAGCUGGACCACGGAGCGGUGCUGGUCUUCUCCAGCCUGGGGAUAAGCCGGAGCAGCACAGUAACCAUGGCCUAUCUUAUACAUUCCUGCCAGUUUUCCCUGAAGAGAGCUUGGCACUAUGUUCUGAAAUGCAAAACGAACAUGAGACCACACCGGGGCUUUGUGAAACAGCUCUCAGACUGGGAGACCCAAAUCUAUGGGACCACGAUCACAGACAUCUCUGAACCAAAUUACUGACAGGUAGCAAAGAGAACACCCAGCAGGGGAAGG